ACUUGCAGAGGAGAGACUAUAAAAGCAUUUGUCACCCAGGCAAUGCCCACAGCCUGGAGUGGAGACAGGCAGAGAUGAAGCGACCCAUCACUUUCUUGAGCCUCUUGGUGGCCUUUGGCAUUUUGCCUGCAUCUGAAUCAUCCCCGGAAGCAUUGGCUUCCAAGACACUGACUGAUCCCGACCUUCUAAGCAGCAUUAACAAAGCCAAGCAGUUGGUGGAUGCAGCAUACAAGUUCUCCCGGGAGAGAGCAAAGGAGAACUUGAAAAAGACCCAUGCCACCCCCUCUGAUUUCCUGAAACAUUUAAAGGAGCCGGUGGCAGGCACCAGGAAUGCAAUCCGAGCUGCAAGUUACAUGGAGACAGUUUUGGAUAUCCUGAACAAGAAAGUGCAGAUGGUCUGGCACAGGCCGUUCAACAUCACAGAUGUGCUGAGCAGCAAGCAGAAAGAAAUGAUCACCAGGGCCACCGGUUGCGACUACCUGAUUCGCCCAAUCCGGUGUCCAAUGGACAGCCCUUACCGGACCAUCACCGGAGAAUGCAACAACAGGAAGCAUCCUCAUUUUGGUGCAUCCAACCACGGGUACGCCCGCUGGCUUCCAGCAGAGUAUGAGGACGGAGUGUCUCUUCCGAGGGGUCUCAUCCAGGGUCAACUUUAUCACGGACAUCCUCUCCCACUGGUACGGCAGGUAUCCAACGAGAUCAUCGCCACCCCCAAUGAGGACACCACGGACGACCAGGAACGCUCACUGGCCUUCAUGCACUGGGGCCAGUGGGUUGACCACGACAUGGACCUAGCCCCCAUGACUCAAACCAGCAUCCAGAACCAUGAGGCUGAAUGUGACACCAGUUGCAAUUAUGCACCGCCUUGCUUCCCAAUUAAGAUCCCCCCUGGAGAUCCACGGAUUAAAAAGCCAGGCGUCUGCAUGCCUUUCAUUCGGACCACCCCCGUGUGCAAUCCCACAACGUUUAUCCGUGAGCAGCUGAAUGCCAUCACAUCAUUCCUGGAUGCCAGCAUGGUCUACGGGAGCGAGGACCCUCUGGCAAAGAGUCUCCGGAACCAGAGCAACUCGCUGGGCUUAAUGGCGCUCAACCAGAACUUCACAGAUGCUGGCCUGGGCUUCCUUCCUUUUGAGAACAAUUCCAACAGCCUCUGUCUCCACACAAACAGAACGGCCAACAUCCCGUGUUUCAAAGCUGGGGACAAGCGAGUCACUGAAAAUCUGGGGCUGACGGCCAUUCAUACCAUGUUUGUCCGGGAGCAUAACCGAUUAGCCACAGAGCUGAAGAAGCUGAAUCCCCAUUGGGGUGGGGAGAAAGUCUAUCAGGAAGCACGGAAAAUCAAUGGUGCCAUACAUCAGGUCAUCACCUUCAGAGAUUACCUGCCCCUCCUCUUGGGCAAUGAAAUGAACAAGCAGUUGCCAUUGUACAACGGCUACAGUGACUCUGAGGACCCCACCAUUGCGAACGUGUUCUCCAUGGCCUUCCGAUUUGGGCACAGCUCCAUCCCGCCGUUUGUGCCCCAGCUGGAUGAAAAUUUCAAGCCCCUGUUCCCGCACUCCAGCCUCCUCCUUCAUCUCACCUUCUGCGCUUCCUGGAGAAUCGUGAUGGAAGGUGGCAUCGACCCUCUUAUCCGCGGUUUCCUGGUUGACCACUCCAAGCUGAUGAAGCAAAGCCAGAUGAUGGUGGAGGAACUCCAGGAACGUCUCUUUGAGCAGGUUGAAAUUAUAGGCCUCGAUCUGGCGGCGCUGAACCUGCAGCGGGGCCGAGACCACGGCCUGCCAGGGUACAAUGCCUGGAGACGUUUCUGCGGCCUCUCUGAGCCCCAAGAUGAAGCUGAGCUGGCCGUCGUGCUGGGCAACCCCGAGCUGGCAAAGAAGUUCCUUGAUCUUUAUGGGACGCCAGACAACAUUGACAUCUGGAUCGGGGCCAUGGCGGAGCCCUUCGUCCCCUACGGGAGGAUUGGCCCUCUCCUGGCCUGCCUCAUCGGGACCCAGUUUAGGAAAGUCAGAGAUGGAGACAGAUUCUGGUGGGAGAACCCCGGGGUGUUCACCCCUCGGCAACAGCGGGCUCUGAGCAGCGCUUCACUGUCCCGCAUGAUUUGCGACAACACACACAUCCAAGAGGUGCCGAUGGACGUUUUCAAGGUGAACCGGUACCCAAAUGGCUUUGUGAACUGCGACCAAAUCAGAGGACUCGACUUGUCUGCUUGGAAAGAAUAGGAUGGCGAUCAGAGGACUGGGGCGGUGGCAGGUGGGGGGGGAGAGACAUGGGUGAAGAGACAUGGCAUACCUUGACUCCCCCCUCACGGUUUAAUUAGACCAAGAAGAGUCCUGCAGUCCUCUGGCUCAGGCCUGGACUAUCUGAACCACUCCUGAGUGCCGACUGACCUUCCUUGUGUCACAGAGGGCAGGUAGCAGCCUGAUACCCCCAAGGUCAAACCCAAGUGUCUCCUAAAUGUGGGGCUUCCAGCUGCCCCUUUGAAACGAACAGGAGUUGUGGAUGAGGACUGCUAUCCUGGGAGGGGUUGUGUGCCUGGCUGCCCUUGGGAUGUGAAAGCAAUGUCACUGGCCAGACAUAUUCAUUUUUUCCCCCAGAUGGAAAGCAAGAGUAGGCAUGUUGGCCCUCAAGAAACAUGCCAAAGUCAGGUAACCAAGAUGUCACGAAAGAACGAGCGAGCUUUUGAGUUCUCCAGAACUCUUCAGCAGGCAGAACAUGAAAUCCAAAAGCUUGCUUGCACUUUUGUGACAUUUUUGGUUGGCUAGUGGAAGUCUUGCCCCUACUAUGGAUUUUCUGAUGGAGUGAUCCGGUCAUCAGGCUUUUAAAAGAAUUGGUUUUGGACUGUUUUCACGUAGUUAUAUACUGGAGGCUGGACUUUAAUGUGUGUGUAACACCCCCCAUGGCACACAUACUGAUUUUACUUUGGACAUACACAAAUAUCAAUUAUAUAUCAUGUAUAUGUGAAGUAUGUCCCUGUUUAGGAUCCUUUUUGUAUCCAAAUGAUUGUGUGGGUAUAAUGGGGAA